AUGAAGGAUUCAACACUACUAGGUGCUGCCGUCGUAAAUCGAGUUCCCCUGCUAGCUGUAGACUCAUUUUCGCCAGGUACUACCGUGGUAGAUCGAGUCCUUUUGGUGCUUGAAGAAGCAUUAUCAUCAACUGUCGUCGUUGUAGGCUGCGUUCUCCUGCUUGUUAAAGAAUCAUCGACACCAAGCGUUGCGGGCAUAGAUCGAGUCCUGCUUGUUGAAGAAUCAUCGGCACCAGGCGCUGAGGUUGUAGGCCGAGUUCUUCUGCUAGCUGUGGACUCAUUCUCACCAGGUACUGCCUUCGCAGGCCGAGUCCUCCUGCUUGCUGAAGAAUCAUCAUCAUUUGGUGAUGAGGUUGUAGCUCGAGUCCUCCUGCUUGUUAAAGAAUCAUCAUCACCAGGCGCUGAGGUUGUAGGCCGAGUUCCUCUGCUAGCUCUAAACUCAUUCUCGCCAGGUGCUGCCCUCGUAGGCCGAGUCCUUCUGCUCGUUGACGAAUCUUCAUCACCAGGUGAUGAGGUUGUAGGCGGAGUUCCCUUGCUUGAUAAAGAAUCAUCAUCACCAGUUGCUACCACGGUCGACCGCGUUCUCCUACUUGCUGUAGACUCAUUCUCACCAGGUGCUGCAGUCGUAGAUCGAGUCUUCCUGCUUGCUAAAGAAUCAUCAUCAUCAGGUGCUGAGGUUGUAGGCCGAGUUCUCCUGCUUGCUGAAGAAGCAUCAUCAUCAGGUGCUGAGGUUGUAGAACGAGUCCUUUUACUUGCUGAAGAGCCAUCAUCACCAAGUGCUGAGGUUGUGGAUCGCGUUCUCUUGCUUGUUGAAGAAUCAUCAUCACCAGAUGCUGGAGUUGUAGGCCGAGUUCUCCUGCUUGCUGAAGAAGCAUCGUCAUCAUCAGGUGCUGAGGUUGUAGGCCGAGUUCUCCUGCUUGCUGAAGAAGCAUCAUCAUCAGGUGCUGAGGUUGUAGAACGAGUCCUUCUACUUGCUGAAGAGCCAUCAUCACCAAGUGCUGAGAUUGUGGAUCGCGUUCUCUUGCUUCUUGAAGAAUCAUCAUCACCAGAUGCUGAAGUUGUAGGCCGAGUUCUCCUGCUUGCUGAAGAAGCAUCGUCAUCAUCAGGUGCUGAGGUUGUAGGCCGAGUUCUCCUGCUUGCUGAAGAAGCAUCAUCAUCAGGUGCUGAGGUUGUAGAACGAGUCCUUCUACUUGCUGAAGAGCCAUCAUCACCAAGUGCUGAGAUUGUGGAUCGCGUUCUCUUGCUUGUUGAAGAAUCAUCAUCACCAGAUGCAGAGGUUGUAGGCCGAGUUCUCCUGCUUGUUGAAGAAGCAUCGUCAUCAGGUGCUGAGGUUGUAGGCCGAGUUCUCCUGCUUGCUGAAGAAUUAUCAUCACCGGGUGCUAAGGUUGUAGAACGAGUCCUUCUGCUUUUUGAAGAGCCAUCAUCGCCAGAUGCUGAGGUUGUAGGCCGAGUUCUCCUGCUUGUUGAAGAAUCAUCAUCACCAGAUGCUGAAGUUGUAGGCCGAGUUCUCCUGCUUGCUGAAGAAUCAUCAUCAUCAGAUGCAGAGGUUGUAGGCCGAGUUCUCCUGCUUGCUGAAGAAUUAUCAUCACCGGGUGCUAAGGUUGUAGAACGAGUCCUUCUGCUUUUUGAAGAGCCAUCAUCACCAGUUGCUGAGGUUGUAGGCCGAGUCCUCCUACUUGCUGAAGAAUCAUCAUCACCAGAUGCAGAGGUUGUAGGCCGAGUUCUCCUGCUUGUUGAAGAAUCAUCGUCACCAGGGUCUGCCGUUGUAGGCCGAGUCCUCCUGCUAGCUGUAGAAGCAUCGUCGCCAGAGGCUGCCGUGGCAGAUCGCGUUCUUCUGCUUGUUGAAGAAUCGUCACCAGGGUCUGCCGUCGUGGAUCGAGUCCUCCUGCUUUUUGAAGAGCCAUCAUCACCAGUUGCUGAGGUUGUAGGCCGAGUCCUCCUGCUUGCUGAAGAAUCAUCGUCAUCAGGGGCUGCCGUGGUAGAUCGCGUUCUCCUGCUUGUUGAAGAAUCAUCGUCACCAGGGUCUGCCGUCGUGGAUCGAGUCCUCCUGCUUUUUGAAGAGCCAUCAUCACCAGUUGCUGAGGUUGUAGGCCGAGUCCUCCUGCUAGCUGUAGAAUCAUCCUCGCCGGGUGCUGGGGUUGUAGAACGCGUUCUCCUGCUUGUUGAAGAAUCAUCCUCACCAGAGGCUGCCGUGGCAGAUCGCGUCCUCCUGCUGGUUGAAGGAUCAUCGUCACCAGGUGCUGAGGUUGUAGGCCGAGUUCUCCUGCUAGCUGUAGACUCAUUCUCACCAGGGGCUGCCGUGGUAGAUCGCGUUCUUCUGCUUGUUGAAGAAUCAUCGUCACCAGGGGCUGCCCUCGUAGAUCGCGUUCUCCUGCUGGUUGAAGCGUCGUCAGCAUUAGGAGCUGGUGUAGUCCGCCGAGUCCCCCUAGUUGAGUUCGUGUCAUCUGUGCGUGAAAGUGCAUCAGACUGCGGAUGUAUGCCCAAGCUAUCAUCUGAGGAGCGACUACUGCCGCCUCUGCCCGACUCGCCACUUGCGGACGCCGCCCCGGCCCCAUUGCCCCUGAAAUACAGUGUAGACACAGGUGUACGAGUGGUCUCAAGUUCCAGGGGUGGGACUGUACCACUUGGCAAAAACGCGUGGGUUGACUCCACGCACGACGUGACACCUGUGGACAGGCUUUUUGAAUGCAGCAGCACAAGAGGCCGAAGUGCAAACCACUCAAAAAUGCCCUCAAGAACAGCUCCAUUUUCAGGCCUUCCAAGGGCGUCAAACACGCACUUCGGCACGGUUUGUCCAUUGGGAAAGACCCAACCACUGUCUGGAACCACGAAAAUCGUCACCGGCCCGGCCCGUUCCAUCUGCAAGCAUAUCAAAGAAGCAGCAACUCGUUUUGCGUUUCUUAACUCGACACUUCAAGGAGCAAGGUACACAGCACGACGGAGUCUGCACGCCUAG